AUGCCGACAGCCAAACAAACGGCCAAAAAAGCAGCCCAGCAAGCAAAGCAAGAACAUGAAGCGCGCAUAGUUCAAGCCUGCGCUCAUGCAAAAACGCAAGAAAAAACCAAUUUAACCAAACUUGCGCGUGAUUUCGAUGUGUCUUAUAACGUACUUCGAAACCGCCUAGUUCGUGGCUUCAAAUCUGCCAAUCGCCCAAAACUCGCAAAUCGAAUUCUGCAACCUGCCCAAGAGAAAGAAGUUCUCUCGCGCAUUGCCGAUUCACGAGAUCGUAAUCUCACAGUUACCCCAUUUAUGCUGAACGACUGGGCAAAUGACGCACUUAUUCGUGCCGGGUCUGAUCGUAGGGUUGGUACAAUGUGGGCAUAUCGAUUUAUAAAACGCCUCCCAAAAGACCUACAAGUUAUACAAAAACGGCGCGAUCUUCCUUCAGUCGAAGUCGAAGCUGAAGAUGUGUCGGCCGUUCAAUCGACGCCUGAGUUCCCGAUACCAGCUUCGCCGCAGCCUAUCCCUGAUAAUGGUCAGGGUCAGCUAGAGUCUCCUGGUGUGGAGCUGACACAACCACAAGGGAAUGAAGAAUUGAGCAGGAAUCAACAGAUAAUCUUUCGAUCUCUUGAUCAAUUGGAUUCCAUGGUAGAUGCUAAACUUGAGCGGACCAUUUUGGCCGAAACGUCGUAUGGUGAAACAAGAAAUAUCUACUUUGCGAGAACGAAUGGCUGCUAUGGAGAGCACUAUAGAGCGUUUUAA